AAUAUCCAUUGAUCUCACUUAAAAUUAAAAUGGCUCCCGGGGUUGUUCCCAAUCCUGACGUCAUGAUAAACGGACCGCUUGACGUCAUCGCGCAAAAUGACCGUAUUAUCCCGGAAAUCAAAGAAUCGAUUCCCAAAUCAUGCCCCAUAGAUCAUCUCGAUGAUGUCAGUGUUAAUGACGUGGGGAUGAAAAUAGUAAAGCUUGAUAAGAAGCAGCCGCGUAAAGUUGUUAGACCGAAAGUGCUAAAGAACCAUGAGACGAGGGAGUACCUGUAUGAUCGGCUCUACGAUACCACUUGCCCUAGAGUGUCUACACUAUGCAACGAAAAAACAUGCCUGGGCAGUUUGAUGGCUAUCCCCGGAAGAGGAGACGUGCCAAGAGAUCCCGAAGAAGUUCUCAAUGAUGCUAAAGAUUUCCUUGGACAGUAUUUCGCUUCGAUACGAAGAGCAAACACGCCAGCCCACGAAGCACGCUGGAAGGUGGUACAGGAAGAAGUGGCAAAGACAGGAACAUAUCAGCUAACAACCACAGAGCUGGUGUUCGGAGCCAAGUUAGCCUGGAGAAACGCAAGUCGGUGUAUUGGCAGGAUACAGUGGUCCAAAUUACAGGUUUUCGAUUGCCGACAAGUCACAACUACAAGCGGGAUGUUUGAAGCGCUCUGCAAUCACAUCAAAUACAGUACAAAUAAAGGAAAUAUCAGGUCAGCAAUAACAGUAUUUCCCCAACGCACGGACGGCAAGCACGACUACAGGAUAUGGAACAGCCAGCUGAUCAGCUACGCGGGCUACCGGCAGCCAGAUGGCACGGUGCUGGGAGACCCUAUGCAUUGUGAAUUUACAGAGUUAUGUUUGAAACUUGGCUGGAAACCACCUAAAACAGCGUGGGACAUCCUGCCUCUCGUGCUGUCAGCGAACGGCAAGGACCCGGACUACUUCGAAAUUCCUCGUGAACUUGUCAUGGAGAUUCAUAUGACGCAUCCAACAUACGAAUGGUUCGAAGAGCUACAACUGCGUUGGUACGCACUACCAGCGGUAUCUAGCAUGCGGUUUGACUGCGGUGGUAUUGAGUUCACAGCCAAUGCGUUCAAUGGCUGGUACAUGAGCACUGAGAUUGGGUGCAGGAACUUCUGUGACACCAAUCGGUUGAAUAUGCUGGAGAAAGUAGCGGAAAAAAUGGGCCUCGACACGCGAACACCAGUGAACCUCUGGAAGGACAAAACUCUAGUGGAAGUGAAUGUGGCCGUGCUGCACAGCUUCCAGCAACACAACGCGACCAUCGUGGACCAUCACACGGCGUCUGAGAGCUUCAUUAAACACCUGGACAAUGAGAACAGAUUGCGUUCUGGCUGCCCCGCGGACUGGAUAUGGAUCGUGCCGCCGAUGUCCUCAUCCAUCACUCCAGUAUUCCAUCAAGAGAUGGCGCUGUACUAUCUGCGCCCUGCAUAUGAAUAUCAGGAACCAGCAUGGAAAACGCACCAAUGGCAGAAAUCAAAGCCAAUAACAGGCAAGCGGCCAAUCAAUAGAAAGUUCCACUUCAAGCAAAUAGCUAGAGCAGUCAAGUUCACAUCAAAACUGUUUGGAAGAGCACUUUCUAAGAGGAUUAAGGCCACAGUACUGUUUGCUACGGAGACGGGCAAGUCGGAACAGUACGCUAAGGAACUGGGCGUUAUAUUUGGACAUGCUUUUAAUGCUCAGGUACACUGCAUGUCGGACUAUGACAUCACGUGUAUUGAACACGAAGCUCUAUUGUUGGUGGUAACGUCUACUUUCGGGAACGGUGACCCGCCAGAAAAUGGAGUGGAAUUUGCUGAACACCUUUGCGAACUUUUGUAUGCAGAUCAAGUUGGUGAUGAAAGCACUGGAGCCUCACAAAUGCUAACUCCAAAGUCGUUCAUCAAAGCAAACAGUCAAAUUGAAUUGCAAAGAUAUGCGGUGACUAAUCCUAAACAAUUGAGUCGCUUGGAGUCUUUGAAAGGCAGCGCAACAGACGCAACCUCCAUAGACAAUUUCGGUCCCCUCAGCAACGUUCGCUUCGCGGUAUUUGCGCUCGGUUCCAGCGCGUAUCCGAACUUCUGCAACUUCGGGAAGUAUGUGGACAAGUUGCUGGGAGAACUGGGAGGGGAGAGGAUACAUGAUGUAGCAACGGGAGAUGAGAUGUGUGGGCAAGAUCAGGCGUUCAGGAAGUGGGCUAGCAGUGUGUUUAAUGUGGCCUGUGAGACAUUCUGUCUCGAUGACGACGAGACAUUACAAGAAGCAAAGAGAGCGUUAGGAACUGUGACUUUGAGUGAAGAAACAGUAAGAUUCGCGUAUCCAGCUGGAAAACCACCAACGUUACUGAAUGGCUUACAAUCAGCAUUAAAUAGACAAUUAAUUACAUGCACUGUGAAAGCUAAUAAGGAUCUAGGAGAUUCUACAGCUGAAAGAUCAACUAUUUUCAUUGAUAUGGAACCAAAGAGUGAAAUUAAAUAUGAUCCUGGUGAUCAUGUUGGAAUAAUAGCUUGCAAUCGCAAGGAAUUGGUAGACAAUUUGCUAGCUAGACUAAAGGACAUUGAAGACUUUGAUACUCCAGUUAAUUUGCAACUAAUGAAAGAAACUCAUACUUCUAAUGGACCAGUGAAAUCCUGGGAACCACACGAGAGGCUACCACCUGUGAGUGUCCGGGAUCUAUUUACGAGGUUCCUGGAUAUCACCACACCACCCACCACCAUAUUGUUGCAGUACUUGGCCAAGACUUGUAGUGACGAGACUCAGAGGAAACAACUCACUAUAUUGGCCACGGACCCCUCAGCCUACGAAGACUGGCGGCACUUCUACUUCCCAACCCUCUCUGAAGUACUAGACCAGUUCCCCUCCGCUAAACCAAGCGCUUCUCUUCUUGCUGCUCUUCUCUCUCCUUUACAACCACGAUUCUAUUCCAUCUCUUCUUCUCCUCUCGCCCAUCCGAAGAGACUGCAUCUUACGGUUGCUGUUGUUACUUAUAGGACUCAAGAUGGUGAAGGCCCAGUACAUUAUGGUGUUUGCUCGAAUUAUCUCAUGGAUCGUAAACCGGGGGAUGAGGUUUAUCUCUUUAUACGAAGUGCUCCAAACUUCCACCUACCCCAAGAUCUAUCAGUGCCCCUAAUACUGAUAGGUCCGGGUACAGGAAUAGCCCCUUUCCGAGGUUUCUGGCAUCAUCGGAAAGCGCUGCUCAAUACUCGAGCUCGACCAAACGCCGGUCCUGUCUGGUUGUUCUUCGGAUGCAGGACCAGGACCAUGGACCUGUAUAGGGAGGAAAAGGAACAAGCGUUAAGAGAUGGCGUGCUUUCUAAAGUUUUUCUCGCACUGUCCAGGGAAAAGAAUAUACCAAAAAUGUACGUUCAGGAAUUGGCCGAAAAAGAAGGAGCGGAAAUACACGAUUUGCUAAUUAAUUCAGGAGCUCAUUUCUACGUGUGCGGCGAUUGUAAGAUGGCGGAAGAUGUUCAUCAAAAGUUAAAGGGGAUUAUUAAGAAACACGGCAAUAUGACCGAUGAGCAAGCACAAAACUUCAUGUUCAUAUUAAAGGAGGAGAACCGUUACCACGAGGACAUAUUCGGUAUAACGCUGCGCACCGCCGAGGUGCACAGCGCGUCCCGCGAGUCCGCGCGCCGCAACCGCGUCGCCGCGCUGCCCUGACGCCGCUCCGAGCGGGCCCCAACACCGCGCACAUAACUUGAUACCUAUGUGUUUAAUAAAUAAAAAAUGUGUGCGUGUAC